ACUUCGCGUCGUAAAAUAUAUGUUGUUUCCUGCUUAUCUGCAUAAUUUCAUCGUGAUACGAUUUUUUUAACUUGUUCCAGUUUACGGGACAAAAUGUUGAUAUUUUACCCAUAAAUACCCUGUCAAUAGGCCGUAAAACAUUGCAAGAAGAACGAUGUUUCAUGAAUUGUCGUCCAUGUUUGAUAUCAACAAGAAGUUUAGGAACCAGGCUUUCUUCCAGUGUGGGCUACACGGAGGGAUAGCGAUGUAUACACAAAAUACUUGAGUCGUUUACCAUGCGCAUCACUUUAUAUCCCAUCAUAAUAAAUGAAAGGUAUGUAAAAGGCCGUCAAUACCUAAUAUAUGUAUUUUUCUGCUUUAGUUAAACAAAAAACUAAGCAAAAUGUAUUUUUUUAGUUAAAACUUGCGUUUGUUAGGUAUGAAUAACUUUUCAUAAGAUAAACCGCUGAGAUAUAUUGCGGGCGCAUGUCCUGAAUUUCUGGCCAAACAUGAAUUUUUGAAUGAACGAACGAACGAACGAACGAACGAACGAACGAACGAACGAACGAACGAACGAACGAACGAACGAACGAACGAACGAACGAACGAACGAACGAACGAACGAACGAACGAACGAACGAACGAACGAACGAACGAACGAACGAACGAACGAGCGAGCGAGCGAACGAAUGAAUGAAUGAAUUAAUUAAUUAAUUAAUGAACGAACGAAUGAAUGAAUGAAUGAAUGUGUUUGCACGUGCAUCGUGCUACCGGCGCUCCUUAUUAUUGACCAAUUUUAGCAUGUGGCACUCGCGUGCGAGUAAAAAUCCAAUAAUUUGAAAAAUUAAAAAUAAAUAUUAAAUAUUUUCUACUAGUAGUAUUCAAACGAAACUUCCUACAUGAAAUCGCUUAAAUACAAGGAGUAUUUUACUGCUAUUGACCUGUGCGAAUUCGGAAGAGUUUAGAAGAUAUUUUAGCGAAUUUCGCUAAAUAUGAAAUACAGAAUGUUUGGCCAAAAGCAGGGCCGCCGAGAGGUUGGCGGGGGGCCCGGGGCUAAUUUCUUUUAGGGGCCCCUAUUUAAAAUUUUUUUUCGGAGAACAAUCCCCCCGGUCGAUAACUUUUUAAGUAAAAAAAUUUUCGGACGAGUACGUUGCGAUUGCUCUCCAGGGACUUUAUCUCAAUUUUUCAUGCCAUAUUUUGGUACUUACCCCAAAAAACAAAUAUCUUGUCCUUUGCGCGGAAAUAUUUAACACACAAAAAAGACUGGGGCCCAAACUGAAAAUUUUUCAGGGGCCCCCAGCACCUCGGGGCUCGGGACAAUCCCCCUCACCCCUGCCCUCCCCCCCUCUCGGCGACCCUGGCCAAAAGCGACGAGUAAAUAUACGAUUGUUUGGGUUUGUGUAAUCUUAUGACGGCAUUUGACCCACAGUUCGAAAGGUUAUUUUAUGACGAUUUCAACGGAGGUUUCCGUUUUAAAGUGCCUAUGUCAUAGUUUGGGAAUUAACCUAUUUAGAUAGUUUAGAUGAUUUUACCGAACUUUUGCAAUAUAUUUUAUAAUUCGAAAAUUUGAUCUUCAUGGACUUUCGGGGGCUUAAAGUUGGCGAUUUUGCCUAUUUUGAGCGUUUGGCCGCCAGCAUAAAAGUACUGGGGCGAGAAUGCCGGCGUGACGUCAAACCGGGAAGUCAUCAAAACAAAAUGCAUAGAUUUACUAUAGUUUCUUGACAAAAUCGAGUACAAAUUAGAUGUUUUUGGAAAUUUCUUCGAUAUUUCGAUUGAAAUUUAAAUGGAACUAUAUCCUUAACCUUCGGUUAUCCAACUGACAGGUAGAUUGGGCGAGAUACUAACUUUAUGGCUGAGAGUGCAGGUCAAACACAUAUACGCUGAUCAUGCUAUAUAUUCUAUCUCGGUUUCUUGAUUUAUAUACAGAAAUAGAGACAAAACGGCAAGGAACUGUAGGCUGUUGUUAAACCUGAUCCAGUGGAAUAUAUUCGCUUUGCCCUCGGUUUUGUCAAUGCCAGCCAGAAUGGCGGAAAUUAUUGUGAACAAAACGCCUCGUCCACUGAUCACUACAGAGUCAGAGGCGUCAAAAUGUGUCGUAUAAAAUUGGCGAGAAGGUGAUUAAAUACGGUUUUUAUGUGAUUUAAAACUAAAAGAGAAACUCCCAAGGCAAACUGAACUUGUUCUAUAGUUACUGAUAGGUAUGCAAGAGAAAAUUGAUCUUUGAAUAAAGUGGCGAUUCUACUUUUCCCUGCAAAAUGCAUAAACAACAGAAUAAAAGGUAUUUAUGGUCCUGGGCCACAUUGUUUUAAAUUUAUAUUUUUAUUCUCGAAUCAUACUGUAAAAAUCACUUCCUUAAAUAGAACAAACUUGUCUUGUCAUUUUGAAAAUCUUGUUCAGUUCUUUAUAGCAGAUGUCCGAUGAAACCAUUUCAUUGCCAAAUGUAAACAAAGCAUGGCCAAGGCAAUGCCAGUGGGUCAAUCCAGAUAAUUUCCAGGGAUUAUAUACUUACAUUGAUAUGUCGUAAUUUGCCAAAAUGAUCCAUGGCUCAUGAAUCAAUAAUGUCACACCCAUAACCAUAUAUAAUAUCAUUUUAUAAUUUAUAAAUAUAAUAAAAUUCCUUGUUUUAUUUGCAUGUUUCUGCAAGCUGGCAAGUUCGGCACCUCAAAUAAAUUGAAUAUUAAAUACAAAGAACAAGUGUUUCAAAAUGUUUUCACAUUUAAUGUUUUCACAACUUUAUAAAGAAUAGAUGUUUAUGAUUUAGAAAUCAAAUCCGUUAGGUCUUUAGGAUAAAGAGUAUGGUAAAGACAUGUCAUAGCCUAGAAAUGGGCGAAUCAUGAAAUACAAUAGGCCCCUUCGCUUGCUUUGUUUACAUUAGGCAUUUUGCUAGCAGACAAGGUCAAAUGUCGAAAAAAUACAAUACUCAAUGGAAUAUUAUAAUUUUCAAAAUAUUAUAGUUUACUAUAACUAAGAAAGUGAUUUUUAUUAUUCAUGAAUCAGAAAUAUAAAGAUAUGUCAUAUUUAAAAAAAUGUAGCCUUGGUAGUUGUAUGAUUUCAUGAACACAAUUAGAACACAAUAUUGGCCUACAUCUUACAUUUAGGCGAUUUUGCAAGACUAGCUUAAUAAACAAAUUUAUUCAAAUAUCAACUUUUACAGUAAUUCAUGAAUACAUGUCAAUAUAAUAAAACAAGUUCACUUUGCCUUCAGAGUUUCUCUUUUUAAAUCAUAUAAAAUUCGUAUUACCUACUUUUUCACAAAAUUAUUUACGGCAAAUCCUGACGGCUGACGCGGCUAUGACGCCCAAAUUCAAAGCAAACCGGCGAUUCAGCCGCUUCUAUUGAUCAUGGACGAGGUGUUUUGCCCACAAUAAUUUCCAAUCUGACCCGUACUGACAAAGAGAAUAGAUUCUCCAGGAUUGGGUUUAACAACAGCCUACAGUUCCUUGCCGUUUUGUCCCGAUAUUUCUGUAUAUAAAAUCAAGAUAGAUUAGCAUCAGCGCAUACGUGUUUGACCUGCACACUCAGCCAUAAAAUUAGUAUCUCUCCCAAUCUGCCUGUCAGUUGGAUACCCGAAGGUUAAGGAUAUAGUUCCAUUUAAAUUCCAAUCGAAAUAUCGAAGAAAUUUCCAGAAACAUCUAAUUUAUACUCGAUUUUAUCAUGAUUUUAUCAAGAAACUAUAGCAAAUCAUAUGUAUUUUGUUUUGAUCAGUUCCCGGUUUGACGUCACAUCCGGCAUUUAUAGGCAUCUCGCCCUAGUCCUUUUACACUCACGGUUAAGCAAAAAAUCGCCAACUUUGAGCCCCUGACAGUCCAUGAAGAUCAAAUUUUCGAAUUAUAAAAUAUAUUGCAAAAGUUCUUAAAAUCAUCUAAACUAUCUAAAUAGGUUAAUUCCCAAACUAUGACAUAGGCACUUUAAAGGGGGAAUAAUACUUGGCGAGAUAUUUUAAUCUUCCUCACUCCAAAGUCGGAAAUGCAAAUGUGAACCGGAUGACAAUGAGUUGAUCAUGAUUUUGAUGUUUAUUAAAUUUGAAAAUCCUUUUCAAUAAUCACUUUGGAUUUGUCCGGAUAAUAAAAAUUUUUAUUUAAAGGUAAUAUAUAGGUACACUUUCAAUAAAAAGAUGAAAGGUAUAUUACUUGUUUACACAGGCUUAAUUAUGCAAACCUUGAACGCAAUAAGCAAUCUACAGUUGUGUCUGGGACAUUAAAAUAUUUUCAACCUUCCAUGAUCAUGGAGUCAAAACUAUCCUUGGAGUUGAAACGAACAUUUGGAGGGGUAGAAACUACCCUCUUUUCAAAGGGACGGAAAUGACCCCUAGGGGUCAAAACACGGUCAAAACUGCUCUUUUGAAUUGACAGUGUAGGCCAGUUCCAAUUACAGUUCAUAUAUAUGACAUGAAUUUCAUGUAUGAAAUUACUUUAAUUGUAAUAUGUGAAAUGUAUAAUUUCAUCAAAUAUGAAUAUGUGAAAUAUAUGACUUGAUUUUCAUAUAUGAAAAUUCAAAUAUGAAAUGAUCAAAUUUCACAUAUGAAAUGGAUUUUAUAUAUGAAAUUUCUUUUUUCAUAUGUGCAUAAAUUGUAUAAUUUCAUAUAUGACUUGAUUUUCAUAUAUGAAAAUUCUUAUAUGAAAUUACCAAAUUUCACAUGUGAAAUGGAUUUCAUAUAUGAAAUUUAGUUUUUCAUAAUUAUGUGAAUUAUAUAACUUCAUAUAUAACUUGAUUUUUAUAUAUGAAAAUUCUUAUAUGAAAUUACCAUAUUUCACAUGUGAAAUAGAUUUCAUAUAUGAAAUUUAGUUUUUCAUAUGUGAAUGGUAUAACUUCAUAUAUGACUUGAUUUUCAUAUGUGAAAAUUCUUAUAUGAAAUUGCCAAAUUUCACAUGUGAAAUGGAUUUCAUAUAUGAAAUAUAGUUUUUCAUAUAUGAAAUUAAAUUUCAUAUACUGUAUGACCUGCUUUUCAUAUAUGGAAAUUUAAUAUGUGAAAAAGAGAAUUUCACAUAUGAAACUGAAAUUUCAUAUAUGAAAGCCCCGUUUACACUACGCUCAAUUUUUGGUACGGCACGGAUAAAAUUGGUACCCGUACCACUUUUUUGGUUCUUCGACUACCUAUUUAGCUAAGCCACGUUUACACUACGCUCAAUUUUUGGUACCGUACCACUUUUUGGUUCUUGGACUACCUAAUUAAUUGACUAAAAAAUUGAGCGUAGUGUAAACGGGGCUGAAAUUACCUUUUCACAUGUGAAAUUCUAAUUUCACAUAUGAAAAUCUUCAUUUCAUAUAUGAAAUUCCAAUUUCAUAUAUGAACUUUAAUGUGAAAUUUUUGUGAGGGUUACGUCUAGCACCUGUCCAUUAGGAAAAAGAAUAUUGUCUAUUUUUUUUCUGUGUAGGUCAAUGAAUUUUUCGUCUCAGUUUGCAUAUAUGUUUGGACUAUAAAGAUAAUAUUUAGGUAGGCCAUAUGCACGUUUACUGAUCACUUCCACAGCAGCUGGUUAUGAUCUAUUUGUGUAAUUAUUAUUCCAUUGUCGGUAUUACAGCUAUAAUGGAGACUAACGAUGUUGCAUUAAGCUAAAUAUUUUCAUCUUUGAAUAUUACUAUUGCAUCUGGUAUAGCCAAGGAAGUCCUAACAAGAAAUAAUAGGACGAGCAUUAUUUGUCAGGUAAGGCCAUGCAAUUUACCUUGUUAUUACCUUGUUAUUCUGCAAAAACAAUCGAUUUUUCGCAUCGUGCAUGCGCACAACGGGACAUACAGUAUUGCUUUGUAUUAUGAAAUGUUCGAAAAUAUAGAUAUAUAAUGUAAAUGUUCUUUUAAAGUGGGGCAUAAUUACUUUUUCCACAUUCAUUUGAGUUCUACAAGGCUUCGUUCAUUCGCGUUAAUAAAGCAUCUGCGGCAUUAUAAAAACGAUUAAGAAAAAAAAGAAAACAAGUGCCUCUGACUAUAUUUUGAGUCUAUUAUUAUUAGAAAAAAUGUAUUUUAACGUCUUUCAUAGAUUGUAUAGACUACCGUCAAAAUCCUGUUUAAUGACGUCGCCUCAGUAUUCCAAGUCUGAUGCAACAUGAAUUUACUUGUCUGUUAUGGAGAAUAUAUCAAGGAGUUCAACCAGAUUAAAGGUUUAAUUACCACGUGUAUAACGUCAGACAAUCUGCAUGUUCCACUUAUCUGAACCACCAAAGUCAAGAAUUAUACUCUAUAAAACCCUACACUAUCCGAAAGAAAGCAUUAGUCAAGAGUGCUUGUACUUGUGCUCAUGUUUUAAUACAGGCUUACUUCUUGCUGAUUAGUUUUGUAUUUUCUAGAUUUUAGUUCUACAAUGCGGUCCUCUCCGGGUAACCGAUUCCGUACACUUAGUAGAGUAUUUCAUCUGGUUGUGUUUCUUAUCUUAUCACGUAUUACUCUUAUUACCUCAACUCCCCUGAUACAAGUAGACAAUCCUGGUGAUCUCACCUUAGGUGGAUUAUUCCCCUUGACAUCUGUAGAUGAAAAACAGAACUGUCGUGAUAUCAUUUCUGUCGAUGGUAUGAGUUCAUUUCUGGCUAUGUAUUUCGCCGUAGAAACAAUCCACUCGGACAACUCCAUUCUUCCGAAUAUAACUCUCGGAAGUAAACUUUUGGAUACUUGUAAAAGCCGUGUUUCAUCGCUGGACUACACCCUUAAACAUUUCGUUUUUGGCGAGAGUAAUGGAAAACUAAGUGAAUAUCCAAUUGUUGGACUGGUUGGACCAGCGACCAGUAUUGAGGCAGGCACCAUAUCCAAGGUAAAAGUAGUUGGACGGGUGUAAUAUUUUUGUUUGAAUUUCCACCGUAUAGAUGACUUACUACAUAUUAUUUGUAAUAUACAAUUACUUUAUAGUUUCCGUGUUUGGAUGGCCUGAUCCAAGACGCGGGAAUGUUGCGCGCUUUUCAUAACUCGAGCAACAUUCCUAAUUGUUUUAUAAAAUAACAACUUUCCAUGUUAAAAUAUCACUUUAAAAAACUUUCACUUUAAAUUUCCGUGUUUGGAUGGCCUGAUCCAAACACGGGUUUGAACCAAUCAGAGCACGCGUUAUAUACAUGUCAUUUUAUAACACGCAAUCUCAAACCGUCUGUGCCAUUGCAGAUAGA